AUGGCCGCGGGCAAGUUGGACAGCGAUGGGGCUGUCCUGUGGUCCUGGCAGGAAGGAACCACGGACGAAGAUGCCUUGUCCGACGCCGCUGCGACGGACGACGGUGGCGUGGUGUUCGCAGGGUUUUUUAACGGCACACUCAACGGGGUCGCCUCCGAAGGGUUGGGAGAUUUCAUUGCGAUAAAGUUCGACUCAGACGGAACUGAGGAAUGGCGAUGGCAGGACGGGACCGAGAUGGACGAAGGCAUCACAACGUGCAGCAAGACAGCAGACGGAAACGUGGUGCUGACGGGCUCGACCCUGGGAGACUGGGUCGAGACAAACACGGGGCUAUGGGCGCUUGUGGCGGUCAAGCUAGACGUUACCGACGGGAGUGUCAUCUGGCAAUACCAGGCGGGGGUGCCAUCACAAAGCGUUGUGUCGCGCGGGUCCGCCUCGCGAGCGGACGGAUCGAUCGUGAUUGGGGGUGUAACCGACGGAGACUGGGACGGAGAGUUGACCGGGUUCACCGAUUUCUUUACGGUGGCCCUGGACGAAGAUGGUUCGGAGCUAUGGCGGUUCCAGGACGGCAGCCUCUUGAGUUCAAGCUCAGCAUGGGGCGUGGCAGCCCUCUCGGACGGCUCUGUGGUGCUCGCGGGAACCACAGACGGUAACUACGCCGGAACGAACGCGGGGGCACAAGACUUUGCAGUUGUCAAGCUGACCGAAGAGGGUGUGCUUGACUGGACUUGGCAGGAUGGGACACCGUACGACGAAAGCUUCGAAGGAGUGGCGACCGGAAUCGACGGCACCUCCAUGGUUUUCGCUGGCUACACCUUCGGGACCUGGGCGGCAGCGCAAGCCGAGGACGAGGACGACAUGGACGCCGUGGGCAUGUCCAUGGAUGGCGACGGCACUUUGCUGUGGACGUAUCAGGCCGGCACCACCAAUCACGACAACUUCAUCGGCGUCGACGUCGGCCCCGACGGAGCCGCGCUGCUUGCGGGCUUCUCCGCAGGGACGUGGGAGGACCCCACGGCUGAUUUCUAUGCUGACUUCGCCGGGGUUUUGAUCGAGACGGGCGCCGUGCCCGCCACCCCGGCGCCGGCCGACGACAUCGUGAUCACGCCAUCAACUCCUUUUCCUGUCACAGGCACUUCGGGAGAUACUUCGGAAGGGUCUUGCGGCGACGGCGAGUCGUUCCUCAUAACGUCGGACGUGCUGCCCGUUGUCCAGGGGUGCUACCAGCAAACAACUUUGUCGUUCGACGACGGGGGCCAGUACGAAGAGUACACCGUCAGUGGCCUGACCGAGUGGGAGCACAUAACCAUGUUCGGGAGCUCCUCCGCCUUUGCUGAUGACGACGGCGAUGAGGCGACCUCGACGGCACCGGCACCUACGAAGACGUUACCGACGAGGAGGUUUCGAUGGACUGUGGGUGCACUGGCACCGCCCCCGCACCCGUUGUAA